GCUUGGUUCACAGUUCCUUGGUGCUUUCAGAUAAUUUUCUAGUUCUCUGUUUACAAUAGGAAUUUUUUCACAGUCAUACUCAAAGAAAAUGUCAAACCCAACACCCGUGGCCAAGCCUGGAAAUCCGGACAAUCCUCGUGUUUUCUUUGAUGUAGAUAUUGGUGGCGAAAGAGUCGGUCGUAUAGUGUUUGAGGUCUUCGCUGAUGUCGUCCCUAAAACGGCAGAGAAUUUCCGCGCUCUGUGUACCGGUGAGAAAGGGAUCGGUAAAAGCACCGGGAAACCAUUGCACUUCAAGGGCUGUCCGUUCCACCGGAUCAUCAAGCAAUUCAUGAUCCAGGGUGGAGAUUUUUCCAAUCAGAAUGGAACCGGCGGGGAGAGCAUCUAUGGGGACAAGUUUGAGGAUGAAAACUUUCACUAUAAGCACGACAGAGAGGGUCUGCUCAGCAUGGCGAAUGCUGGCCCCAACACAAAUGGCUCCCAGUUCUUUAUAACUACUGUUCCAACGUCGCACCUGGAUGGCAAGCAUGUGGUCUUUGGGCAGGUGCUGAAGGGAAUGGGGGUGGUGAAGAUGCUGGAGGGGAUGGAAACUAAGGAUGAUAAUCCUGUGGAGCCCUGCAUCAUUGCUGAUUGUGGAGAGCAUAAAGUGGGAGAUGACUGGGGAAUCACCCCUAAAGACGGCUCUGGAGACACAUACCCAGACUUUCCUGAAGACUCUGACGUGGACUUUAAAAAUACAGAUAAAGUCUUGUCUGUGGCUGAGGAUGUCAAAAACAUCGGAAAUAACUUCUUCAAGGUGCAGAACUGGCAGUCUGCCAUCAAGAAGUAUUCAAAAGCUCUCAGGUAUUUAGAGGUAUGUGGCAACAACUUGGACGAUGAUAGUGCCCAAAAGAAGCUAGAACCCACGGCCCUGAGCUGCAUACUCAAUACAGCUGCCUGCAAACUCAAACUGAAACUCUGGCAAGAAGCUAUCGAGAGCUGUGAUGAGGCGCUGGAGCUCAACCAGACAAACGCUAAAGCAUUGUUCAGGAGAGCCCAGGCCUGGCAAGGACUGAAAGAAUUCAACAAGGCCAUGAUCGACUUGAAGAAAGCACAGGAGCUUGCACCAGAUGACAAAGCGAUUGGAAAUGAAAUGCUGAAAGUGAAGCAGCAAGUGAAGGAAGAGAAGGAUAAAGAAAAGAUGAUUUACGCCAAAAUGUUUGCAUAAGGAAACAGCAGUGACCUCACUCUACACCGACCUACCUGCACAAGGUUUUAUUUAGUGUUUUAAGACUAGAUGCUAGGAAAACAAAGCCUUGGAGUCUCUAUAAUCCGUGUAUCAUUCGUUCAUUUCAUAUUCAAUUAGGAAUUCAAAAUUGGAAAAACAAAAAACAACUUAUUUCAUUAUUCGUUUACAAAACCAAUAUUAAAAAACAAAUAAUGUCUUGUUUUUCUAAUUUCAAUUUAACGCUCAAAUUAAACAUUGGAAAAAUAGCCACGGGACACUGUGUUUUGAUUAUUUGAUUCGCACAUAUGGGUGGACCUGAAACGCCCCUUUCUUCUGAUUGGUUAACCUGCACCAUUGUCUUCCUCAAUGCUGUGAGACAGAAUAAAAGUUCUCUGCUGUUUAAUUGUUCAGAUAAAUUCCUCUCAGUUAAUAUUAAAUUUGUUUUACCAUUUAUUCUCCGAAACUCACCACGUUUAAUGCAGCUGAGCUAUCUCUCUCAAAGUAGACAGACACAGUGCCUACACACAACAGUAAAAUGCUCACUGAAUGCAGACAGGGUUUUGUCUUCAUGUGAUUUAGCAUUAGGACGGUCAUUGCCACGUUAAGCAAUUGAUAAGAGCGACACACACACACACAUUAAGAUGUUUAUUAAGAUUAAUCCCUCGCUCUGUAUGCCAAAUGUCUUUUCACAGUUAUCCUUCUUCGUGCCACACAACUUGUUUUAUUCAUUUAUAAGUGGUACCAUGCAGUGCAGCUGAUCUGUUGGGCACUGGUGGUCCACACUGCACUGGAGAAUCGGCUGGCAUUCGCAGUUAGGGUGACCAGACAUCACUUUAAAACCGGGGACAGUUCCGAUUUUACAAGCCACGUAUCGCGUUACAGUGGACUUACAGUCGGGACACCUAUUGUACUAAUAAGUAGUCUAAGGCUAUAGUUUGAUUGCUUUAAAUAAGCAUUUUAAAUUGACAUCAGUGUUUCGAGCGUUUUUGAAAUGAGAAAUCAAAGAGUAUUGAAAGAAUCCGUUUAUUUUAAUUUUUACAUAUUGCAGUGCAAUGAACAAAGCCAGAUGCGGUUCAGGGAAUAUACAGACUUAACGUAGGGUGCAUCCAAGACAGAUGAGCAUUCAUGCAAGUGAAUUAUAACAGCAACAAGAGUAAAUAAAUAAAUAAUAAUAAUAACAAAUCAUUGGAAGAUUUUAUUACAUUUAAUAUUUAAUAUAAGACAAUCAGUAUUUACAUGGCAGUGAAGAGUACUAAUUUCAAGUUCAGAUCAUUCCGACAUGCAUGUUUUUGAAUGGGAAUAUGGGUAGCCUUUACCUACUCGUAUACGCAGCAGUUUUAUGUACCUUUUAUUUUCGGACAAAUGUGAAGGCAGUGUGUAAAUGCUGAUUUUAAAUUCACUGGCUGAGUUUUUAAGAGAUGAGCAUUCAUGAACUUCUUUUAGCAUAAUUUCCAUGAUGAGCAAGUCCCUUACACCUAAGCUCCCAGAGCGGGGUAAAGUUAGUUUUAGGUUUGAUAUUUUUAUAUAUUCGGUUUCUCGUACCCGCGCUCUCUCUGCCAGCGGCAAGUUUGCAAAAAUUGCGCGCACACGGUUAUGGUAUAAAAAUAUAAAUGUUAUAUAACUAUAAUAUACAGACAUAAAACACUGCACUUAGAACUGUCAGUUGGUGUGGCUGCUGUAGAGUUAUGACUGAAAAUGCUCCAAUGAGCUUUCAUUGCUUAGCGUACUUAAGGGACAGUCUGAAACUUCAAUUCGCUAUUAAACACAGACGUGUCCAAUCACUCAUUCAGUUGAUGUGCAAGUUAAACAUAAAACAUUAAAAGUAAAUUUUUACAUUCCAAAUGUUGUAGUAGGUUGCCAGUUAAUAGACUGAGCUACUACAAGUGAGAUGUUUACAGUAAGUCCAAUAAAAUGAAUACAGUAUUAGAUUAUUUAAAAUAAAUAAUAAUUCACCAAAAUGUUAUUUUCUCAUUCCAAAGGUUGUAGUAAGUUCCCAGUAGAUAAACUAAUUUACGACAGGUGAGAUUAUUACAGUAAAUCCAAUAAUAUUAGUACAGUAUUAGGUUAUUUUAGGAUAAACAUCAUAAAAACUCCCGAAAAUGUUAUUUUUACAUUCCAAAGUUUAUAGUACCUUCCCAGUGGAUAGACUGACUAACUAAACAUUUCACCUGUAGUAAAUCAGUCUAUUUACUGGGAACUUACUACAAACUUUGCAAUGUGAAAAUAACAUUUUGGUGAAUUUUAGUUAAUUCAUUUUUAAAAUAAUCUAAUACUACUCAUAUUAUUGGAUGUACUGUAAAAAUGUCACCUGUAGUAAGUCAGUCUGCCCACUGGUAACUUACUACAACCUUUGGAAUGGGAAAAUAUUUUUGUUAAUUUUAGUGAUUUUUUUCCGUAAUUUAAGUGAAUACUGUACAUUCAUAUGCACAGCCAUCACUCUGGCGAUCUACUAAAACCUGUGAAAUUUUUUUAUUUAUUUAUUUUUUUUAAUAAGAAUGUUUUUUUUAGAUAGAACAUGCAAGUCAAUAGUCAAUAAAUGACUGCUCUGGCGCCAGUGAUGUUUUAGUUGUGGGUGGAGUUUUCAGACGGUCCCUUAUGCACCAUAGGCGAAUAUCUAAUGAAUAUCGAACCUAAAACUAACUUUAUCCCACAGUUAAACGUAAGCCUGUCUUUACAAUGUAGGCAUAUGCUUCAAUAGUCUUAUGAAUGUAUGGCCUUUUCAAACCGGAGCAACGUCAAAGACAGCAGUGUAGGGCUGUCUGAUAAAUCUGGCUACUUGAUGAGAGAGAUAGCUUGGCUGUAAUAAACGUGGCGAGUUUUGGAGAAUAAAUGGUCCACCCAUAUGUGCGAAUCAAAUAUUCAAGCCAUAUAUUAGCGAAAUCAAAUAAUCAAAACACACAGUGUCCCGUGGCUAUUUUCCCAAUUUUCUUAUUUUAACGAGCAUUAAAUCUAAAUGACAAAAAACAAGUCAAUUUUAGUUUUUUAAUAUUGGUUUUGUAAAUGAAUAAUGAUUUUAUUUUUUUUUUUUUUCUGAUUUUUAAUUCUUAAUUGAAUAUGAAAUGAAUGAAUGAUACACAUAUUCUCUAAUAUAAGGUAAAAGUAAAAUGUGCAUUUUGGAAAGAGAUACUUAAUUGUUCUGUGUAUAUGUGUAUUUCAUUUGUCUGUGAGUGAUAGAAGGAACAUCGUUUCAAUGCAUUUUUUAAUGAGCCAAUCUAAAAGGUAUUGACUACUGUGCAAGGUUCAGAGUUUUAAGAAAUGGGUUGACCUUUAAGUGUGCCUUGUAUUGAUUAUUUUUGUCCCUGGAU